AUGGCGGGGCAGUCCAGGAAGUGGAUGAUCUUGGCCGCCACCAUCUGGAUUCAGGCCUUCACCGGCACCAACUUCGACUUCUCCGACUACUCCUCUUCCUUGAAGUCCGUCCUCAGCUUCUCCCAGCUCCAACUCAACUACCUCGCCACCGCCAACGACAUGGGCAAGUUCUUCGGCUGGUCCUCCGGCCUCGCUCUCAUGUACCUCCCUCUCUCCGUCGUCAUGUUCAUCGCCUCCUCCAUGGGUCUCCUCGGCUACGGCCUCCAGUGGCUCGCCAUCAACAACCUCAUCACCCUGCCUUAUUACCUGUUCUUUCUUCUGAGCUUGUUGAGUGGCUGUAGCAUCUGUUGGUUCAACACAGUGUGCUUUGUUCUCUGCAUUAGGAAUUUUCCAGUUAACAGACCCCUUGCAUUGUCACUCACAGUGAGUUUCAAUGGUGUAAGUGCAGCACUCUACACACUUGCUGCCAAUUCAAUAGACCCUUCAUCUGAUUCACUGUACCUGCUCUUGAAUGCCAUUGUGCCAGUUCUCACUUCCCUUGCAGCUCUAGUCCCAAUUCUUCUCCAACCUCCUAUAGACACUCUCUCUAGAUCUCCAGAUGCUGCUCACAAAAACUCAGUGAUAUUUCUAGUACUCAACUUCCUAGCCGUUUUCACUGGCAUUUACCUCCUCCUCUUUGGCUCGUCAACUUCUGAUGAAGCCACCUCGAGGCUCUACUUUGGUGGGGCCAUUUUCCUCCUCAUAUCCCCACUGUGCAUCCCUGGCACCAUCUAUGCUCGAGUUUGGUUUCACAAUGCCAUCCAUUCCAGCUUUCAGAUGGAAGGCUCUGGAUUCAUUCUUGUUCAUGUUGAUGAUCUUGAGCUUCAUAAGGAACUCCUCUCCCGUCAGAAUAGUUCUCUCAGUCUCAGCAAUGGAGAUGGUCACGGCCUGCUGGGUGAGAACGGAUAUGGAAGUCAGAGGGAAAAAACCGGUGAUUUGGGUUGUGACAAGUUGCUUGGUCAUAAUCAGUUGGCAAUUCUAGGAGAAGAGCACACUGCUGCAGUGCUACUCCAGAGAUUGGAUUUCUGGCUCUAUUAUGUUGUGUACUUCUGUGGUGGCACAAUUGGUCUUGUCUACAGCAACAAUCUGGGACAGAUAGCUCAAUCUUUAGGCCUGAGUUCAAGUAUAUCUACCCUUGUCACACUAUACUCAACAUUUUCUUUCUUUGGUCGCUUGCUUUCAGCUAUGCCAGACUACAUUCGAAACAAGUUCUACUUUGCAAGAACCGGAUGGCUAUUAAUUGGUCUUGUUCCAACCCCUGUCGCGUUUAUAUUUCUAGCUGCAUCAGGCAGUGCGGCAGCAGUUAAAGUAGGUACUGCACUGAUUGGUCUGAGUUCUGGUUUCAUAUUCGCAGCAGCAGUGGCAGUAACAUCGGAGCUAUUCGGACCCAACAGUGUGAGUGUCAAUCACAACAUUCUCAUAACAAACAUCCCAAUUGGGUCUAUUCUCUAUGGCUUUCUGGCUGCAGAGAUCUACGACGCCAAUGCGUACUCAAUCCCGGGUGACUUAGUGGGUGACACACUGGUGUGCAUGGGAAGGAAAUGCUACUUCUGGACAUUUGUGUGGUGGGGAGGAAUGUCUGUCCUAGGACUUGCUUCUAGUGUGUUGUUGUUCUUGAGAACCAAACACGCGUAUGAUCAUUUUGAGAGACACCGUAGGAGUAUUUCAACGGAAGCAGUUGUAUCUUAA